UUAGGAUGCGGCGCAUUAGCAAAAAGAAAAACACAAAAAGCCCUAAACUCCGCCGUCUAAUGAAGCUAUAUCCGUCUCAGCCUUGUUCAUCCAGCAAAUUUAUUUAGAUUAUCACCAAAUAUUUAUCUUUGUUAAUUAAUUACAAUACUUCUGUUUAUCCAAAAAAAACACUACCGAUAAUGUUGUUCCAUUUUAUGAUUUUAGUUUAAGAUAGGCUUUAAGGUUUGGAGGUUUGUCGGCCGGCACUGGUUUCGUGUUGGUGAAGCUUCCUAUCAAUACUGCGGCAAAUUUUCGACCAGCUUCAGAAAAGCGUUUUAAGUAAGCUUAAUUCAUACACCACACACAAGUUCUUCAACGAAACGACAGAGCAAAAGAGUUGCCAAGAGCAUGAGCAUUGAAGACCUUGAGAAUGCUGACAGGAUCAGCCAGUUGCCUGAAGCUUUGAUCCUGCUGAUUUUGUGUCUACUUCCUGUGAAAGUUGCCAUAGCCACAAGUCUCUUGUCUAAGCAAUGGAAAUAUCUUUGGAAGUUGAUGCCUAAACUCAAGUUUGACUAUUUGGAUCACAAACGUCAACUCGGGACGUUUUCAAGUAAUGCUGUUAUGACUUUGCUUUCACACAUGGCUCCGGUCUUACAGAGUUUGUAUCUCAUUGUUCAUCUAGAAAGAUGUAAUGCAAAGGAUACAGGGAUCUUGCUUGGAAUUGCAUUGGGUCUCCAUGUGCAUGAGCUGGUUCUAGAAGUUAGAUCUAGGGAAGUGUUCAAAUUUCCUAGUUGCUUGUUUAACGUUAAUAAACUAGUGACCUUGAAACUCAGGUAUAAAAUUCAUAUGGAUGUACCUUCUCCGGUUUGUUUCAAAACCCUUAGAAAUCUGCACCUUCACUAUGUGGAAUAUAAGGACCAUAAUUCAGUUAUUAACCUUUUGGAUGGUUGUCCUAAUCUCAAAACUUUGACUGUGCAUAGAUAUUCACAUAGCAGUGUGAAGACGUUCACUAUAUCAGUGCCAGCUUUAGACAGGCUAUCAAUUUAUAAUAGCAAUGGGGGACAACUAGAUUGGGGCUAUGUGAUAAAUACUCCUUCUCUGAAGCUCUUAAAGAUUAAAGGGAUUUGUGGUCUUGGGUUUUGUCUAAUUGAGAAUGUUAUGGAGCUGGUGGAGGCAAGUAUUAUUGAUGUCUCUAGUAUAUCCAACGAGAACCUUCUAGGGUCUCUAGCUUCAGUAAAACGUCUUUCAUUGAGAAUAUCUCCCUUGAAGAUUACUUUUCCUACCGGUAGCAUCUUCGAUCAGCUGGUGUAUUUGGAGCUACAUGCAUAUAAAGAAGCAUGGUGGAAUCUACUUACCCUUAUGCUUGAUAGGUCUCCUAAACUGAAAAUCCUCAAGCUCAUAAACCGGUGGCAUUGUGAAAAAGAUUAUGUGGGUCGCGGGGAAUGGAAACAACCGGAGAAUCUUCCUAAAUGUUUUUGGUUUCAUCUUGAGACAUUCAUAUGGAAAGGUUACAAAUGGCAACGAGAAGAUGAGAAACAAGUGGCGAAAUACGUUCUAGAGAACGCAAUUAAUUUGAAGAGAGCAAUUUUCUCCUCAAAACGUAUCAAGCAUAAAGAGAGAGUAGAGGUGUUCAAGGAUUUAAAAAGUGUGGCCAGGGCUUCAAAUUUAUGCCAGAUUAUAUUCAAAUGAAGAAUACAUAUUAGGGUAGUUUUGUAACUUGUAUGGUAGCUUCAGUUCAGCAGAUUUACUAGAUUUUGACAUGCACCGAUUUUGACUUUUUAUCUAAUUUUUUAAUCUAA